AUGUUGAAACGAUCACUACUGCGGGCCUCGUCUAGAGGAGCUCUGCGUUACAUUCCUGCGACCGCACCGGCAGUACUACGAGGCCAAGCCCGAACCCAUCGAUUCGCGAGCUCGGCACCAGCAACCAUUAUCGACCGUGACUUCUGGAGAAACCUCGUCCCGAAGCCGCUUCGCAAGGAGUACCGCGAGGCUGCCGCCAAGAAAGGCCCCAAGAAGCAAUGGAAUCCGGCCACUUUCUUUAUCGUCAUGUUCCUUCUGAUAGGCUCCAUGGCGAUCCAAAUGAUUGCCGUGCGCAAUUCCUUCCAGCGGUACAUGCGCUCGGCCGAGAUCAAGAUAGCACAACUCAGAGAGGUGGUAGAGAGGAUACAGAACGGGGAGACCGUGGACGUUGAGGCGGCUCUGGGCACGGGGAACGCCCAGAAGGAGGCUGACUGGGAAGAAGUUCUACGGUCGAUCGAGCGAGGGGACGCCCCGAAGAAGGCUUCCAAACCCGAGAAAUCCAAGCAGUCAGCUACGCCCAAGGAAGAACCCGCUCCCGCACAAAAGACGAAGCCGGCGGAACAACAGGAGCAGCAGGCUCCUUCGAGCACGUCGAACACCACUGGUAAACCCAGUGCCGGCUUUGGCAAUUUCUUCUAA